CUACAAUCAUCCUCUAACAUUGUUGGCGGCUGGUGCCAUUGCUGGUGUACCUGCUGCUUCCUUGGUAACUCCUGCCGAUGUGAUAAAGACCCGUCUACAAGUUGUGGCACGUUCUGGACAGACCACAUACACUGGUGUCUGGGAUGCCACCAAGAAAAUUAUGGCUGAAGAAGGUCCUCGGGCCUUCUGGAAGGGAACAGCCGCCCGUGUCUUCCGUUCAUCACCACAAUUUGGUGUUACUCUAGUUACCUAUGAAUUGUUGCAACGUCUCUUCUAUGUCGAUUUCGGUGGCUCACAUCCCACCGGUUCGGAAGUGCACAAGCCCAAACCCAUUGAUACAUCCAAUGUACGCAUCAAUCCGGAUCACAUUGGUGGUUAUCGCGCUGCAGUACCUUUACUAAAUGGCAUCGAAUCGAAGUUUGGUCUAUUUCUACCACGUUUCGGAUUUUCAACACAACAACAGACACCUGCCUCGGGAGCAAGUAAAACCUCCUCAUGAUGACGAUAUCGUAGUUUAUAUUAAGUUCUUCUUUGAUUGUUUAUUAU